CUGUGAUGGCCAUUUUCAUCAUCAGAUCGUCUGUAUAGUGUUUGCAUAUACUGCUUAUUUGUUUUCAGGAAUGCUCGCUUAUUAUUCGAAUCACAAUCAACAUUCUCACUCUGCGAGUCUACAAUAAAUAUUUUUUUCUCUUCGCUGUAAUUAUACUGAUGUAUACAGUUGAAUAACAUCGAUUUGUGCUCCAUGUCUGCAGAGAGAUCAAUUUUCCGAGGAGAAAGACGACAAAAGUGAAUUACGGUCAUUCAUCAGUAGUGCAUCAUUUGCUACAACUUUAAUUGCCUAAUCGGUUGUAGUGUGGAAGGGGCAGAUGGAGAAUAAAUUGCGCAAUCGUGCCUUCGUGGAAGAAUAUUUUGCCAACCUAAAUAGUUUGUCUAAGAAGAUUACGCUAGAUAUUGAAGACAUUAAGGCAACUUAUGAACACAUUUGGGAUGAUUUAAGUCAGGAAGAGCAAAUUGAAAUAAUCAACGAGACAUUAAUCAAACCAGAGCUAACAUUGAAGUAUUUUGAUAACUUUUCGACAUCGUCUGAUUCUUUCCAAAACAUAAUAGACGGAUGUGAUGAUAAUAGCGAUGAUCGCAAGGUAAAUUUAUAUGAUGGAAAAGCGCUGCACACAUUUCAAUACUUGAAGACAGGACGUAAAGUUAUCCAUGACGACUCGAUCGGGUUAUUCCGUGAUGAGCAUUCCGCACCAUUUUCUCAUAAAACUAAAAGCCAAAUAAAUUUGAAUUUGUUCCCAAUGGAACAAGAAAAAUCUACCGAGCGUAGGUUUGAUCUCGCAAAUAAAUUAGAAAAAAUGAGGUCUCCCAAACCAACUACUUCAUCUGUAUCAGUAAGUUCGACAAAAACUAUAAUUAAAGACAAUAAUAUGUCUUAUGACAGAAGCAUACCGAUUGAAGAAACCAAACCUAGCGAUCCUACAGAUAAUUUCUUAGCUAAUUUUAUAUGCAGUCAAGCUGGUCCUGUUUUAGCCACAGUCUCAAUGGGCAGUGAUGAAAUGGACGGACAAUCUCUUGAAAAUAUCGGAUUUGAUGAUGACAAAGUCAAUCUGUUCAGACAUAGCUCCCGAAGCGAUAGCCUCCAAUUAGCUCCGUCGUCCUCUGUAGAAGAUGAUGAUAAAAAUUUUGAUGAAUUAAACAGUUUACUGGGGACCAGCAAAGGUUUCGAUUUUCUUAACAAUUGGUGAGGUGUCAAACACCGGUGAGGAUGAUAAUAAUAUGACAGGCAUCACUUUGUUGGUUAAAUUAUUCAUCAUGCAUGUGUUCUACCUUAGCUUACUCUAGUCUAUCUGUUCCCAUUGAUAUUUUCAUUUUAUAUCUUCUCAUAUUUAUCACCCAUUCAAAUUAUCGAAACAAAAAGAUACUCAAGUAAACUUGUUCUAACAGACUGAUUUUUUGUGAAACCAAAACACGAAUAAAUGAAUUAGUUAUAUGAAAAUAUAAUACCUCAAACAUGUUUAUGAAAUAAAGCUAUUAUCCAAAGCCUUUCAACGGAUAAAUACUUCCA